AUGGCCUGCUACGACAGCUGCCGACCCUGCGGACCCACCCCGCUGGCCAACAGCUGCAACGAGCCCUGUGCCCUGCAAUGCCAGAACUCCAGGGUCAUCAUCAACCCUUCCCCUGUGCUGGUCACCCUGCCAGGACCCAUCAUGACCUCCUUCCCCCAGAGCACCGUUGUGGGAUCCACCUCCUCGGCUGCUGUUGGCAGUGAACUCAAUGCCCAGGGACAGCCCAUCUCUGGUGGAUUUGGCUUUGGCCUUGGCUAUGGGCUGGGAGGCCUGGGCUGCUAUGGCAGAAGGGGCGGCUAUGGCUUUGGCCUUGGCUAUGGGCUGGGAGGCCUGGGCUGCUAUGGCAGAAGGGGCGGUUACAUCUGCUAA